UUGUCGCAGCUCUUCCCUACCAUUUCCUAUUUCUCCACAAACCUCUCUCCCUUGCCUUGAAAUCUCUCUCUCUCUCUCUCACGUUCUCUCUCUCUAGGUGCGUGUGUGUGAGAACGAUUUAGAGAAGUAAUUAUUAAGUAUGCAAAGAUCAUGGGAUGAUGAACUCCCAGAUUGUUGCUAUGAAGAGAAGCAGCCAAGCUUGAUCAAACCAAGUAGCCCCACUCCAAAUCACAAGCUUUAUCUCUCCAAUCUUGAUGAUCAAAAGUUCCUUAGAUUCUCAAUCAAAUAUCUUUAUCUUUUUCAAAAGUCUGUCCCUAUUCAUCUCCUCAAACUUUCUCUUUCCAAGGUUCUUGUUGAUUACUAUCCAUUAGCAGGCAGAUUAAGACCACUACUACUACUUAAAUCAUCAUCUAAUAUUGAAGACGGUCUUAGUGACGUCGACAAUGAUGAUAAUAAUAAACUUCAAGUUGAUUGUAAUGGUGAGGGUGCUGUUUUUGCUGAAGCAUACAUGGAUAUGACUGCUCAAGAGUUCCUUGAGAUUUCUAACAAACCAAACAAGUCAUGGAGGAAGCUGCUUUUUAGGGUGGAUAUCCGCACUUUUGUCGAUACUCCUCCUCUUGUUGUUCAAGUGACAAAACUUAGCUGCGGAGGAAUGAUUUUGUGCACGGCCAUCAACCAUUGUUUAUGUGAUGGCAUAGGAACAUCUCAAUUCCUACAUGCUUGGGCUCAUCUUACCUCCAAAUCAACCGAUAAUGUGCCAAUAAUCCCGUUCCAUUCUCGCCAUGUGUUCAAGCUACGAUCCCCUACUUCACAUUUGCCUUCAAUCCAUCCUGCAUUUGUCAAAAAUGUCACUAAUAAUCCUAACAUCGUGGACGGUUUAUCACUUAAUCAGUAUCUACAGUCUCAACCUCUAGUUCCAGCAUCGCUGACCUACACCGCGUCUAAUAUACUUCACCUCAAAAGCAAAUUUGUGCCUUCAUUAAAAUGUACCACUUUUGAGGUCUUAGCGUCUCAUACUUGGCGUUCAUGGGUUAAAUCACUAGAUCUUGCACCAUCACUCGAGGUGAAGCUCCUAUUUUCCAUGAACAUUCGGAACAAAGUGAUCCCGGAAAUUCCAAAAGGAUAUUAUGCCAAUGGAUUUGUAUUGGCAUGUGCAAAGACUAAAGUGAAAGACUUGGUAAAUGGAAAUUUGUACCCUGUAGUGAAGCUAAUUCAAGAAGCCAAGUCAAAUAUCAAUGAUGAUAGCAUAAGUGGGAUAGUAGAGUUAUUGGAGGACAAAAAUAUAAAAACCGAUCUCACUAGAAGUUUAGUUAUAUCACAAUGGUCUAGAUUUGAGUUGGAGAACUUGGAUUUUGGAGAAGGAAUGCCUUUGCAUAUGGGUCCUCUAACUAGUGACAUAUAUUGUCUAUUUUUACCCGUUAUAGGCGAUUCUAAAGCCAUCCGAGUGCUUGUGUCAUUGCCCAAGAGUGUCGUUGGCAGAUUUGAGUAUUACAUGAAUAAUUUUCUCGAUUCAAAUAAUGUAGUGGCACACUGAAGUGGUGAGAAAGAAGAUUUAACUACUACGAGUAUAAUUUUGUUUUCAACUUUUUGUUUAACUUUGAGUACAAUGUUAAAUUAACUUGAUUUUGAUAUAAUCAAUAAACUCAUGUAAA